CCCGGCUGCUCUUGCACAAAUGACAACUUGGGAAGAUCCCUACUUUGCAUGGAAACAGCUAUGGGACGAAUCCCAGACAAUGUUCCAAAUGAUUUCAGUAAAAUUCGAAUAGAGAAUUCUCAUCUGACCGAAUUACCCCGCGGCUCCUUCUCUAAAGUUAGUGCCUUGGUGUCUCUAUGGUUGAAUUUCAACGACAUCACCCUAAUGAACAUCAAGAGUCUGGAGGGGCUGACGAAUCUUACAGAACUACGGCUACAGGGUAACAAGCUGCGUUCAGUCCCAUGGACAGCGUUCCAGGAUACGCCGAACCUGAAGAUUUUGGACCUGAAACAUAACCGACUAGACGUGCUUCCGGAAUCUGCCCUGAGACAACUUCCAGGCCUGACCUAUUUAGACUUAUCCUUCAAUCAGCUUACUGUCAUAUCCAGGGAUGUCUUCCUCAACUGGCCUCUCCUCAACACUCAGGAGAGAAAAGGAGGUAAAGAGGCCAGCAGUGGAGAAGCCAACGUUGUUUUAGCGCUGCACGACAACCCUUGGCUGUGUGACUGCCGCCUCAAAGGUUUCGUUGAGUUUAUCAAAAGUGUUAGUCCACCUCUAAUUCUGAUGAACUCGUACCUGAUGUGCACAGGCCCCAGUUCCAGGGCGGGAAAGUUCUUCCACGAAGUCGGUUUGAAAACAUGUAUGAAGCCCGAGGCCUCAGCAUCAGAAACCAACAUGACGGUGUCGCUGGGGGACAAUGUAACCCUCCAGUGCUUAGUCAAAGCCAGGCCUGACCCCGCCAUACACUGGUCGUACAGCCUGAAGAUUAUACGGGGAUUUACUGUCUCAGAGACCCGUGUGGACGAUGAGACCAUCAGAUCUCAGCUGGUCAUCCCAUCCCUGCACCUGGCGGACAGAGGCGUCUACACCUGCUUCGCCAACAACUUCAUAGGCAACUCCUCCGUCAGUGUCCUGGUCAACAUCAAGUCUUUCAACGCCUCCUCCUCCGGCGGUGCCGCCAUGUCUCUACCCCCGUACCCCCUGGCCUCAGCCGACGAGAACGUCUACAUCGACAUCCGCAUCUCCAAGCAGACGGUCUACGGCAUCACUCUGGAGUGGUACGCUGCGACAGACAACCCGGCAGAGACCUGGUUCACCAUCCACUUGGGGAAAUACCACUCUGACAAAAAGGAGUUGACAUAUAUCGGGCCGGGCAUCAACACCUAUUCGGUCAACGACCUCCUACCGGUUACUAAAUACGAGGUGUGUGUAACGCUGAAGAACCAGAUGCCCCGCACCGGCCAGUGCAUCGUGUUUGUAACAGGAAGUGACAUCAGUCAGCUGGAACAACGGGAGAAGCUCAUCCAUAUUAUCGUGAUUGUGUGCGCCAUGGUGCUGGCGGUGCCCGUGGGGAUGUACGCCUGCACCACCGACACUAGAUGUAAGUUCAGCUGCCUGGACCGCUGUACAGAGCAGUGUAAGAGGAGGAGAAGGCAGGAGAAGACCCUGAGGACCAAUGGGGAGAGACAGGGGACCUUCGACAGCCUCCAGGCCGCCAGCGAUGAAGGACUCUGUGGAGACUCUGAAGAGGUGAUGAAGAAGAGGAGUAAGUCCUCCGACGAAAAAAACAACCACAGGGGAAAAGCACAAGAUCUACCAGAGACAACCACUGGAGCAAAGCUGUAUUAG